AUGACCUUUGCAGGUCUGCUGCUGCUGCUGCUGCUGUCGCUGCUGCUUCCAGGAGUUGCUCGUAAUCGGGAACUGCAGCAGCAAGUGCUGCAGCUGCUGCAGCAGCGCGCGGACAGCCAGCAGCAGCUGCAGCAGCAGCAGCGCGAAUUUGCUGCACUCAAGAAGCGCCUCGCGAAGCUGGUCCAGAGGCGGCCCCUCGUCAUCCUUUCAGGCCCACUGCAGCAGCAGCAGCAGCAGCAGCAGCAGCAGCAAAUGAGAGAGGCCCUGCGCGCGCUAAUUGACCGCUUUUCUGUCUGCGACUAUUUGGCAUUUCGCAUUCCUGUUUCUUCUUUUGUCUCCUUUUGCUGCAGCACAACUGCUGAGGGGGCCCCCGUUGCUGCUGAGGGGCCCCUCUGCAUCCCUGCAGCUCUUUUGGCUGCUCCUGCUGCUGCUGCUGUACCCUUACGGGCAGCAGCAGAAGCAGCAGCAGCAGCAGCAGCAGCAGUGGAUCGCAGGGACAACACGGGCAUCUCUACCCGUGAAUGCAGGCGGUUUGAUUUGCUGCUGCCGGGACAGUCGCAGUGGCUACAGCAGCAGCAGCAGCAACAGCAGCAGCAGCAGCAAGUCGGCAGCACCAGCAGCAGCAGCAGCAGCAGCAGCCUGGGAACUGCUCCCUCCGGCCAGUCUGGAGCCAAUCCUCUCUUCCAGUUUCUCCCAGCGUUCUGGUGCUACUGCGGCUCUUGCAGCAGCAGCAGCAGCAACAGCAGCAGCAGCAGCAGCAGCAGCAGAGGUGUGCAGCGUCUUGUAGUUCCUGCUGCUUCUCUGUGCAACGAUAAUGCUGCAAUGAUUGCAUGGGCAGCAAUUCAAUACAUGCAGGCCCACAGAGGGGCCCCCAAAGGGGGGCCCCCCCAAGGGGGGCCCCCAAGGGGAGCCCCCCAACACAGGGGGCCCCCAGGGGGGGGCCCCCAAGAAAGGAUAGUACCCUCUGUGAAGCCAAAAUGGGACGGAGGGGGUCCCCUGCUGCAGCCGUUGGUAGCAAUGGAUUUGGUGCUGCUGCAUGCGUUGCUGCAACAGCAAGCCGCGGGGGCCCCUGCUGCCUUGGGGGCCCCCCAGCAGCAGCUGGGGGCCCCCUUUGCUGCUGCAGAGCCAAACUGGCCUUAA